AUGGUCGACAUCGCAGAAUCUUUCAACUCAAACAAGCCCAAUGGAAGCCAGACUCUCUACACAGAUGCGGCUGAAAAAGUUCUUAACGGCACAGUUCCAAGAAGAAUUGAUAUCAUUUACUCUCAUGGACAUCUCGACCAUAUUGGAUCAACCAAUCGGUUCAUUCGUUAUAUGGAACGUCAAUAUCCGCGUUCGCGGAUAGUUGUUUGGGGAACGCAGGAAUCUAAAGAGGUCAUCGAAAAGUCGGUGACUGAUAAAGCUCCGAUCCCGGAUGUGAUCAUCGGGAAGAGAGGCCGUACGCUUGCGUUGGGCGAAGGUCUCAGUGUUAAUAUGUGGAUUGUUGGUGGUCACACUGCCAGUGACCUCGUCAUCCACAUCCCUCGCUAUGAAAGGGAGGUGCCAAUUGUUUACUAUGUUGAUGUUGUGUUUCCUGGAUGGUCUCCUACUUUCAAUUUGGCAAUUACAAAUGACGUCGGGAGCUACAUUGGAGCACAGAAAGAGGUUCUCAAGCUUGAUUUCGAGGUUUUUGUUGGAGGUCAUUUUGUUCUUGGCGACCGCCAAAGUGUGGCCACUAAUGUUGCUUUUGCGGAGGAUCUCGUUGAAGCGGCCAAAGUGGCCAUUGCUGAAACGUCUCAGGAGGACUUUGAUGCUGCUGGGUUCAAGAGGUUCAGCGAUCCCGACGCCCGAGAAUAUGGAAACCCCCUCUUCUUGGUGAUGACGACGUUUAGGCAAACGCAGGUUGAUGUGUGCUAUCGGAUUAUGCUUGAGAAAUGGGGCUGCCGUAUCGCUGGAUUUGACAUAAGCGGAAAAGGUCACUGCUUUACCGCGCUGGCCUAUAUUGUGACGGAUUAUUGACAAGCAUGACGUAUGUUUCUGGCGUGAGCUCUGUUAGUACAGUAGUAUUUGGUCGGAAGUGAACUUCUCGUGUAACGCGUAGAAGCACUCUCCACCGAUUGGUGUCUGCCGAUUGAGAAGCCUCUCUGUAGUUCAGACCCAUAUACUUGUACCUCUCAAAUAAAGAAGAACAAUUGCUCAACG